CUGCUGCAGCUCCUCCUGCUGCUGCAGCUCCUCCUGCUGCUGCAUCUCCUCCCAGUUGAGGAGGAGAACCCUGAGUUCUGGAGGUCAAAGGCCAAACAGACCCUACAGUCCAUCCUGGACAGGAAGCUGAACACCAAUGUUGCCAAGAAUGUUGUGCUCUUCCUUGGGGAUGGAAUGGGAAUGACAACGUUCACGGCAGCUCGUAUCCUGAAGGGUCAGCUGCAGAACCAGAGCGGAGAGGAGACAGUGAUGACCAUGGACACCUUCCCACACGUGGGGCUGGCUAAGACCUACAGCGUAGACUUCCAGAUCCCAGACAGCGCAGCCACGGCCACGGCGUAUCUCUGUGGGGUAAAAACCAACCUGAACACCGUUGGAGUCAGUGCAGCGGCUCGUAACGGAAUCUGCAAAUCGCAGAAGGGAAAUGAAGUCACCUCUAUCAUGAAAUGGGCUAAAGACGCCGGUAAGUCUGUGGGUGUAGUAACGACCACGCGGGUGCAGCACGCCACCCCUGCAGCCACCUACGCCCACAGCGCCAGCAGGUCGUGGUACAGCGAUGCAGACAUGCCAGAUGCAGCCAUAGAGGAAAACUGCACUGACAUAGCAUCCCAGCUGAUCAAAAACAUCGAUAUUGACGUGAUCAUUGGUGGAGGCAGGAAGUACAUGACUCCCAGGUUCACCAAGGACCCAGAGUACCCCUCAGAUUUAUCUGCAUGGGGCACAAGGAAAGACGGACGAAACUUAAUCCAGGAGUGGCAGAGCAUGAAAACAGGAAAGGUUGCCCGCUACGUCUGGAAUAAAACGGACUUUGAUGCUGUUGACCCUGAAGCCACAGACUAUCUGAUGGCUCUGUUUGAACCCGGGGAUCUGCGUUACGAGAAGGAGAGGGACCCAAGCAAGGACCCGUCCAUCGCUGAGACCACAGAAAAAGCCAUUCGGAUCCUUCAGAAAAACCCCAACGGCUUCUUCCUGCUAGUGGAGGGGGGGAGGAUCGACCAGGCGCACCACGCCGGCCGCGCUUACAUGGCCCUCCAUGAGGCCAUUGCUUUCGAUGACGCCAUCGCCAAGGGCCUGGAACUCACCAAGGAGGAGGAAACGCUCACCGUGGUCACGGCCGAUCACUCCCACCCUCUCACCUUCAAUGGAUUUCCUUUCAGAGGGCAAAGCAUUCUGGCCUACAUCACCAAACGCAUUGAGGACGUCAGCAUCAAAAGUAACAUCACCACCCGGGCCAACCAGCCCCCCUGGAUAAAUGGAGAGACCCUCAUCUUGACCCAGACCCUCAUCCAUACCCAGACCCUCAUCUUGACCCAGACCCUCAUCCUGAACCAGACCCCCAUCCUGACCCUGACCCCCAUCCUGACCCAGACCCUCAUCCAUACCCAGACCCCCAUCCAUACCCAGACCCUCAUCCUUACCCAGACCCUCAUCCAUACCCUGAACCCCAUCCUGACCCAGACCCUCAUCCAUACCCAGACCCCCAUCCUGACCCAGACCCCCAUCCUGACCAAGACCCUCAUCUUGACCCAGACCCUCAUCCUGGCCCAGACCCCCAUCCUGACCCAGACCCUCAUCCAUACCCAGACCCCCAUCUUGACCCAGACUCUCAUCCUGACCCAGACCCUCCUCCUGACCCUAAAGUUAAUCCACACAUUGGUUUUAAAACUAACCCUCAGACCAAGAACAGACCCAGACUACGUCCAGCUUUCUGCAGUCCCAGUAGACUCGACCACCCACAGCGGGGAGGAUGUGGCAGUUCUGGCCCGCGGACCCAUGGCUCACCUUUUCAGCGGGGUCCAGGAGCAAAACUACAUCGCCCACGCCAUGGGCUAUGCUGCCUGCGUGGGUGCUGACCUCAGGCAUUGCCAGGGGGAGACCAAUAAACCUGCAACCCCCAACAACGGGUCAGGGACACGUCAUACUUCAGCAGUUCUGUCUAGCAGCCUCCUCAGUUUCAUCCUGGCCUUGACACUGCUCAUGUAA